CAUAUCCCUCAUCUCAUAGAACUCAGCUGUGUAGACACAAUGUUUACCGUUCAGGUAUUUGGCGCUGAUGAUCAGCAGGAGGAAGAAAGCACGAAGUCAGCCACAAAGUUGCAGAAGAGCUACUUCGACGUGUUGGGACUCUGCUGCUCAUCCGAAGUUGCUCUGGUUGAGAACAUCCUCAAGCCUCUUAAUGGUGUUAAAGAGGUCUCAGUCAUUCUCCCUACUAAAACUGUCAUUGUCGUCCAUGAUAGUCACCUUAUUUCCCAGAUUCAAAUUGAUGAGGCUAUGAAUCAAGCAAGCCUAGAAUCAAGUGUCAAGGUGCAUGUGGAGAAUUACAAGAAAAAAUGGCCUAGUCCAUAUGCAAUUGCUAGUGGUGUAUUGCUACUCCUAUCACUUCUGAAAUAUGUAUACAGCCCAUUUCAGUGGUUGGCCUUAGGAGCAGUAGCUGCUGGUAUUUUUCCGAUUUUGAUGAAAUGUGUAGCUUCAAUUCGGAAUCUUAAGAUUGACAUCAACAUUCUCGUCAUCAUUGCGGUGAUUGGAACAAUUGCUAUGAGUGAUUAUGUGGAAGCUGGCACUAUAGUCUUCCUGUUCACCAUUGCAGAGUGGCUUGAAUCCAGGUCCCGUCAUAAGGCAAAUGCAGUGAUGUCAUCUUUGAUGAGCAUGGCCCCCCAAAAAGCUGUCCUAGCAGCAACAGGAGAUGUUGUGGAUGUUGAUAUGGUUGAGUUGAAUACAAUUCUCGCUGUUAAGGCUGGUGAAGUUAUACCAAUUGAUGGAAUUGUUGUGGAUGGUGAAGCUGAAGUGGACGAGAAGACGCUAACUGGAGAGUCAUAUCCAGUUGCAAAACUACAGGGCUCCACUGUCUGGGCUGGCACUGUCAAUCUCAAUGGUUACAUUAGUGUCAAAACUACAGCCUUAGCUGAAGAUUGUGUGGUUGCUGAAAUGGCUAAACUUGUGGAAGAGGCCCAGAACAGAAAAUCCAAAACUCAAAGAUUUGUUGAUAAAUUUGCCAAGUUCUACACUCCAGCGGUCCUAUUUGUAUCUGUUUCUGUUGCGGUGAUUCCAGCUGCCUUACAUGUUCCUAAUUGGAGCCAAUGGUUUCACUUAGCUUUGGUAGUUUUAGUGAGUGCUUGUCCCUGUGCUCUCAUCCUCUCUACACCUGUUGUAACUUUCUGCACACUUACGAAUGCUGCAACAUCUGGCCUUCUGAUCAAAGGGGGUGACUACCUUGAAAUUCUAGGAAAAAUCAAGACCAUGUGUUUUGACAAAACUGGUACAAUAACAAGUGGGGAGUUUUUCGUGAUGGAUUUUCAUUCUCUUCGCAAAGACAUCAGCUUGAACACAUUGCUUUACUGGGUUGCAAGCAUUGAGAGGAAGUCGAGUCAUCCAAUGGCAGAUGCACUGGUUGACUGUGCAAGAUUUCAUUCAAUUGAGCCAAAGCCUGAAAACGUGGAGGACUUUCAAAGUUUUCCAGGCCAAGGCAUUCGUGGAAGAAUUGAUGGACAAGAUAUUUACAUUGGAAACAGAAAAAUUGCUUUGAGAACUGCUUCUGGAACAGUUCCAACCAUUGAAGAGAGUGGAAAUGGUGGGAAGACGAUUGGAUACAUAUACUGUGGAGGAACCCCUGCAGGAAUCUUUGCACUAUCUGAUGCUUGUCGAUUAGGGGCUGCAGAGGCUGUACGUGAGCUGAAGGAAAUAGGCAUUAAAACAGCUCUUCUCACAGGAGAUAGUCAUACUGCAGCUAUUCAUACAAAUGAGCAGCUUGAGCAAGCUUUUGAAGUCGUCUAUGCAGAACUUCUACCUGAAGAGAAGGCGAGAAUUGUUAAUGAAUUCAAGAUAGAAGGAUAUACAGCCAUGGUUGGAGAUGGUAUCAACGAUGCUCCUGCUUUAGCCACAGCCGAUAUUGGUAUCUCCAUGGGAAUUUCAGGGUCAGCCCUUGCUCAAGAAACUGGGAAUGUAAUAUUAAUGUCCAAUGACAUUAGAAACCUACCAAAAGCGAUCCGGCUUGCAAAAAGGGCAAACAGGAAAGUGAUUGAGAAUGUCACUUUGUCCAUGGCUCCUAAGCUAGCUGUGCUUGCACUAGCCUUUGCUGGUCAUCCACUUGUUUGGGCUGCGGUUCUUGCUGAUGCUGGGACAUGUGUACUUGUAAUUCUCAACAGCAUGCUACUUCUGCAAGCAAGUAAUAACAAGCAGACUAAAGGCAACUCUGAACAACCUGAUGCCCUUAAUACUGUAAGCAACAAGCAUAGCCUAUUGCCUUGUAUGAACCAGCAGUGCUGUUCGGACAGUACUAACAGUAGCACUAGAGAAGUGUGCAAACCAGAGAAGUGUUGUUCCGACAGUGAAGCUGCACAAGUAUGCAAACCACAAAAGUGUUGUUCUGAUAGGUGUGGAACAGAAUGCCUGCCUGGUCCUUCCAGUCCAGGGUAUAUGCCUAGGAAUGAUGAGUGCAUGAACUCAGUUGAUGUAUGUGACUCGGCGAGCUGCAAAAGUAUUGGUUCUGAAGUUUCAUCCUCUCUUACUCUGCCCUUACUGCAUGAUUACCCUUGAAUCGUCCCUUCUUGUGUACCUUUCUUAAGCUGUAUAUAGAAAUAAAUAUUUAGAGGUAUUUGGUUAUAGGUCCAUUUCACCCUAACGAAAAAUUGGAUGUAGUCCACACGCAUGUAAGCUAUUUCAUAUCCAGGUUAUAUGCAUACAUGUUCUUAUGUCGU